AUGGCUAUGCCGUCGAUGUUCUUGGGUGUCUGCCUGUUUAAAUCUGUUCUGAUAUUGAAUAUUCUCCUACCUCGGACACCUUUCGAGCAAGCUAUUAUAUCACUGUUCUCCAUUCUACUCGCCGUCUAUCUUCUUGUCACUUCUGAGGACCCCGUGGAAGAUUCAUUGAUGGAAGAGGGUGACAAGCCUCCAAAAUGUCAAGUGUCCAUUUUUGUGAGUGGAGCUGCGCCAGAUGCAGAAGAUCCUUUAGUAUCACCUUGGCUAGAGAUGGCAGUAUCUCUCGUCGCAGAAGAAGAAGGUGAUGAUGAUAACGCUGUCGAUAUUGAUCACGAACAGCAUCACCCACCGCAAGAGCUCUACCUCCUGCUCGACGAAGGACAGACACCUCCUCCAAUACGGGAUAUAGUGCUCAAUUCGCUCAAUAUACCAGAGGAUGCCGUCCCUGUGUCUGAAAUGCCCCAGGCAUCAGAAGAGCCUCCCAGUGACCCUUACGUAGAGGAGAUUCCCGACAGCAGGGGAGCACUUCAAGUCACACCGGUAGGCAGUCCCUCUGACAUGAGCCACAGCCCGUCUACAUCAACCACCUCAUCAUCUUUGAGUACAAGUCCAACUACCAAUGGCAGUGUCGACGGUGCUAGAUCUGGAUCGAACAAGUCCAUAUUCUCUGCGCUCCUAUCAUCAAGGACAAAUAUCAUUGGACCUAUGAAGCAGGCUAUGAAGGAUCGUCCCUCAAUAGGGAAGAGUGCUACGUACGAAAGGUCACCCAGAGCGGUCAGAUCCUUCAAAUCUGAGUGCGCGUCAUGCUUGGAGGAUCUGCCCACUAGAAAGAUGUACAAGCUCGAAUGCAAGCAUUCAUAUUGUCGGGAGUGCAUCACAACCUUGAUCACCACUGCCGUACAGACCGAAUCGAUGUUUCCUCCAAAAUGCUGUCUGGUAGAGAUUCCGAUCAAAGACAUCCUCAGCACCCUUGACAAAGUACAGAAGGAACUCUACAAAUCCAAGGCCGCCGAAUAUACUUUAAAGCCCGAAAAUCGGUGGUACUGUCCUGACCCGAAAUGUCAGAAAUGGAUCCCUCCCAGCAAACUACACAGAUUGCGGGCCGGGGGUGCUAAAUGUCCCAGUUGUGACACAAGGAUAUGCGGGUAUUGUCGUGGCGCGGCACAUGCAGCAGGCGCUGACUGUCCGGAGGACUUUGGACUAGAAGCCACCCUCGAGGAAGCAGAACGUCAGGGCUGGAGAAGAUGUCACAAAUGUCGCGCUCUGGUCGAACUCACCACCGCGACCGCACGCCGGGUUGCUCGCGAUGUGCUUUCUCGGGAAGAGGAGGAGGAUCUCGCUCGGGCCGUCUCCGCGAUUGAGGAGAUGGAGCGUCGCGAGGCAGAGGAGCGGCAAAGAAGGGAAGAAUAUCAACGGACUUCGGAAGCUAAGGAGCGCAGGAGGAGGCAACAUCUUGAACGUCUGGAAGCCGAAAAGAGGAGAAUAGAGCAAGAAGAGGCUACCAGACGACGUGAACAAGCUAUUCGCAAAUCCCUCACGGAACGGUUCGAUUACCUUCAAGGCGCACUGCUAGAGAUUCAGCAAUUCCAACAAUCGAGCCUCAUCUCUCGCCACAACAGCGAGAUUACCAGCAUCAUCGAGGAAGCAGAGCACGAACGGGCGGUCCAAAAGGCCGAAUCAGACAGCCUACAUAUGAAGCUCGACUCCAACUCCACGCUGCGACGGAAUAUACUUCAAUCAGCACACAUGGCAGCGGUUAGCAAACUGACCUCGGAACACGAAGCGGAAGAAGACGACACUUUCCUAUCGAUGCAGACGCAUCUCCGGGGCAAGCCGAAUCAGGAGUCACGGCUCAACACGGUUCUCGAUAAACUCCGGCAGCGCCAGAAAGUGGAAAUGGAUAUAUUGGUUUGCUCGCAAAAGGCCGAGACAACCGGUCUUGCGGAAAAUGUGGCGGUGGAGCGCAAGGCGCUCGUGCUGGGAUACGAGGUCCAAUCUGUGAUUCAGAACCACAAGUUCCGGGAAAGCGGCAUUACCUUGAAAAAGACGGUACUGGCAGAGCGGAAGUGGUUCGAGGUCAUCGCUGAGAGGAGACGGGUCAUGAUGCAGGAGCUGCAGAGGAGGUUGUGGGAGGACAGCGGCCUCGACCCGGUUUCGGCUGCGAGGACAGUUGUGCCUGGUGGGGGAGGGCAGGUUGGGGUGGCAUCGUCCUCGGAGUCCGCGACCCAGGGCGGAAGAUCCAGCACGGAUGAAUUAUUCCUGGUGUUAGAAGCGAGGAGGGAGAGCUGGUCUCGGCCUCGUCAUGUGGGGUCGGUUGGUGCGUAG